AUGAAGAAGAACAAGCUGUCUGUCUGCAGUCAGAUAAUCAGUGACUCCACCCUGGAGGCCUUCUCAAGCGUUGGGAAUGGAGAGAAGCUGAUGUUAAUCUUGGUGAUCAGCAGCUUGUCACGACAUCUGGUCCAGGAAGCUCCUGGGUUUCUCUCCUGGCACAGGAGAUUUACUGGGGACAUUAGUGAUAAAGGACUGAUAAUCAUCACUGCCUCCCUUGUAAUAUGCUGGCACUUUUCUACCACUACCUAUGUCAAGAUUGAAUCAGUACCACGCAAAGUGUUUGAGGGAGAAAAUGUCCUUCUACUUGCUAAAAGUCUGCCAAAGUAUCUUAAAUCCUUUGUCUGGUUCAAAGGGAUGGUAGAAAAGAGCCAUGAGAUUGCACUGUAUGCAGUGAAUGCUAAACAAAGUGUCACAGGGCCUGAACACAGUGGCAGAGAGACAGUCUACAGGGAUGGAUCUCUGCAGAUCAGCAACGUCACCCAGAAGGACAUAGGAUUCUACAUUUUACAAACAUACAAUAGGCAAGAAAAAAUUGUAUCAACAUCACCCAUAUACCUCUAUGUGUACACCUCCUUUUUGCCCUGUGGACGCUCUCCCACCUCUACUCACUUCAGCAUUGAAUCGGUGCCACCCAGUGUUGCUGAAGGGGGAAGUGUUCUUCUACUCCGUCCGUCUUCCACUGGGUUAGCAGGCUUGAUGGAACCUGAGGCAGUAGGCCUCGGGAUUUGCGGUUUCCAUUUGACAUUUGGAUGCCCUCUCACCUCUGCUCAGCCCAGCAUUGAAUUAGUGCCUCCCUAUGUUGCUAAAGGAGGAAAUGUUCUUCUACAAGUUCACAACCUCCCAGAGAAGAUUCAUGAAAUUUCCUGGUACAGGGGGAUAGCUGUGUUGAUCCACAAAGAGGUUUUUCGAUACAUAAUAGCCAAGAAUUCAAUUGUGGAGGGACCUGCACACAGUGGUAGAGAGACCAUGUACAGCAAUGGAUCCUUGCUAAUCCACAAUGUUACUGGGAAUGACACAGGAUACUAUACCCUAGGAACUCUGAAUGCAGAUGUGAAAGGUGAAGCUGUGCAUGUACAACUCCUGGUGGGUGCCUCCUUUUUGCCCUGUGGACGCUCUCCCACCUCUACUCACUUCAGCAUUGAAUCGGUGCCACCCAGUGUUGCUGAAGGGGGAAGUGUUCUUCUACUUGUUCACAAUCUCCCAAGGAAUCUUCAAAUGCUUUUCUGGUACAAAGGGUUGGUAAUGAUCAAGAACCAAGAGGUUUCUCAGUAUAUAAUAGCAAAUAAUUCAAGUGUGGAUGGACCUGCACACAGCGGUAGAGAGACAUUGUACAGCAAUGGAUCCCUGCUGAUCCACACUGUCACCAAGAUUGACACUGGAUUCUACACCCUGCGCACCCUGGGCACAGAUCUGAAAGAGCAAGUGAGGCAUGUGCAACUCCAUGUGGAUGCCUCGCUUUCUACUUGCUGUAACCCUAUCACCUCUGCCCCACUCGUGAUCAAUCAAGUGCCACAGAUUGUUGAUGAAGGGGAAAGCGUUCUUCUCCAGGUUGAUAAUCUGCCACAAGAUCUGCAUGCAUUUUCCUGGUACAAAUCUGCAUAUAGAAGCCCACUUUUAAAAAUUGUACUGUAUACCUCAUCCAUGAAUUCCAUCAUGAGGGGCCCUGCACACAGCAGAAGAAUGACAGUGUACACCAACGGAUCCCUGCUCUUCCAGAAAGUGACUGAGAAUGAUGCAGGAUUCUACACACUAGAAAUUGUAAACAGAGGGUUCAAAGUUACAACAACACAUGCACAACUUCAUAUAAACUGUAUUCACCCUUCCACCACUGGCCAGCUCAUUAUCAAACCGGUGCCUCUCAACAUUGUUGAUGGGAGCAACGCUCUCCUGAUUGUUCAUAAUAUGCCAGAGAAAAUUCGAGCCUUUUACUGGUACAAAUGGGUAGGCAUUCUCUACAAAAAUUUAAUUUCAGGGGAUGAAAUAACCACAAAUAAGAGAAUAAUGGGACCUGCAUAUAGCGGUAGAGAGACAAUGUACCCCAAUGGUUCACUGCUACUGCAAAAUGUCACCCAGGAGGACACUGGAUUCUACACCCUACGAACUUUAAAUAUGCAGUAUGAAGAUCAGGAGACACAUGCACAAAUCCACAUAUACAAGCCUGUGACACAGCCCUUUAUUCAGGUCACCAACACCAGAGUCAGAGUACAGAGCUCUGUCGUCCUCACUUGUGUCUCACCCGACACUGGAAUCUCGAUCCAGUGGUUCUUCAAUGACCAGAAUCUGAAGCUCACAGAAAGGAUGACACAGUCCUCGACAAAGUGCCAGCUCACCAUAGAUCCUGUGAGGAUGGAGGAUGCUGGAGAGUAUCAGUGUGAGGCCUCCAACCCAGUCAGUUUUAUGACCAGUUUCCGAGUCACCCUGGAUGUUGUGAAUGAGUGA